AUUAUUCAUACCCUUGUUCACUUCUAAAGCCAUAAGACAGAGACGAGAUUGGACCGUAUUCAUACCACAGCGGGUCGCAUUAGGCGCCGCUUGAGCGAUCGCUUUCUCCAGAGAAACCCCCCAUUACGGCUUUCCUUGUUGCACUCGUAAGAAAAGAUUUCCGAAGGGACGGUAUAAAUGCAGGCUUGUGACUUUUUCUAUCUGUGCCAAGGAUACCCAGACCCGUGUUGUAUUCGGAGGCCGCGGGCGUCGGUCGGCAUCGAGAGAAGGCAAAAGAAGACCCGCAUAUAAGUCUUUCAACGUCUUGUUGACAUUGGUGAUCACCUAUGGGCGGUGAUGGCCCGUCAUCAAAAUAUUACCAACUUUCAGUAGCUUAGUCGGUGCAUGUUCAUGAGCUUUGUGAAGCGUGCUUUCACUGACAAAGUUAAGGAACAGCAUAGAGCACGCCAGCCCCACACCACGGUAGUACCCGUACCCUAGGUCAUCGCGAUAAAGUUUACGUGUCGGAAGUUUCAAUUAAGAACCGGGUUAAAUUAUGAGUGAACUUUUUAUUCUUUCCCGUGGUUCGCCUGAAUACAGCGGUCACGCAUGAUUACGGCAUUAGUUGGGUAUGAGUACGAGGCGUCAUCAGCAGCAGCGUCGGAAUCUGCUGCAGGCAACUUGAAAGGGACACGCAGGUAUUUCUUAACCCCCCCCCCCUUCAUUUCCCUGUAGGUUAUAAGAUUGACCGUACACUCUGAGUCCAGGUGGGCUGCGUCAGUUCCUUGAGGGUAUCAGACGGCUGGAAUCUCAAGGGGAACCGCUGAGUUUACUUACUUAACUCGCCGCUGACAACAUUGGGGGUGGUGUUUCAAGAAAACACUGAAGAUCAUCAUGUGAUUAUAUCCUCCGAGCUUCAGUUGAGGCCCCUUAUGAACAAUCACACUGAUCGCGGGUGGUUGCUUCCAUGCUCAACGAUUACAGGCCAGCUAUCGAACAAACACCUUCAAUUUACCACGAAGAGAAGUCACGAACUUCAUCGACGGAUUGUUCAGAAACUUUUCCCUCAAGACCUGGACAAUAUUUUAGUCGACACCUGGCUUAGGGCUUAUUCAUGUGUGAGAUGGUUUCAGUCAUCGUUCAGUGUCUUGCUGACUGUGUCUGUGUCACCGUAUAAUAUAUCCCGAUAACUACCGCGUAAGAUUUUUUCCGCGUGGAUGUAUAGGAAGUAGGUCAUCGACUCAUAGCCCGUAAACGCUGUCUGCGACCGUACUGCUAUACGCGGCGAGAAGUAGCUAGAGUUUGUUGACUUGGAUUUUCUUCAAGGCGAGUCGGCUGACAAGCUGUGCUGGAGUUUACGUAGCUGUAUCGGCUUGAUAUAGCCGUGUAACAAGGACACCAAGUGACCUCUCCUGUCUACCAGUUGACUACUGUCGCGUUUUUAUACAUCUACGUAUUUGAGACUUGACCCGAAUCCACAUUAUUCCGAGCAAAACGUGUCUCCGUUGCUGCAUGGAGGAAUAAUAAGAAUGUUUUACUGUGACUGGAUUUCAGUUGUAGCAAUGAUAUGAGGUGUAUGUUUAACCACCCUACCUACAUGGUUUAACAAUGUAUCCGCCGUGGAAAUAAACUUUCUGACGUGGAUAAAAACGUGUUAAAACUGACAUCAGAUCAAAGUUUCUCGAACUCUUGAGUGUGACUUCUUCAAGUUGAAGGCGUGAGAACCACUGGUAUGUUUUGUUAACCUGGACCCGUAGUAUUAUUUACCUAACAUGCCUGGCGUGAUCUAGCAAAUGCUACAAGUGUAUUCAGUUUACGGUGGCAUGUGAAUAUGUCCCGAGUUUCACCCGUCAAAUGCAGGUCUUCCGAUCGCUGAAAUAAACCGCAAUAUUUACGCUGUGCACGGUGUACCUAGGCCAGGGCUUGAUGAAGUGGAACCAGCCGUCAGAAUUCGCCGAAACUCAUUAGUCGUCAAGGCAGAAUUUCUUUUUUAACUCUGCAACUGACGGAGUUCGGUUAGAGAGCGAAAACUAUCAUUAUUGAUUAGUGACGUAAAAUAAAUCACAGCUGCCUUGGAAACCGACCGAAAGAGCAAAGAAAAUUGGCAGUUUGGAGUGUUUGAUAAUAAGAAAGGAAUUAGGACAAGACAAAAUAGAAUAGAGCAAGAGUUGCUUACACACGUGGGAGGCGGAUCGUGCGCUGCUUAUUCGCUUCAGCGCACAACAUUCGCCGGUGGCGGUGGAACGUUAUAGGAGGGGUUGCAGUGUAUACAUUAUAAAAGUCCCAGCUAUAUCUGGUGGGCUUGCUCGCGUUUCAAUUCCAUUCGUUCGUCGUUCCUCAUCGUCAACAGCGGUCUUACUGAUUGGCAGAAGACGACACUCAGUAAGGGAAGGGACUCCCUGAAGUUGAAGCCAUGACGAGUGUUGCUGGUAGAGCAGUUCUACUUGCAUCCCUUCUUGGGUGUCUGCGUGGGUGCACGGGGGAGCUGGCAACAGAACUACCAUACCAAUGCACCCCAAGCGGGCAUCGAGUCCUAGGUAAUCCGUACCGCAGUGUUUCUUACUCAGCCGCGGCGAUGUCUGGUAAACUUUGCGACAGAACGUUGGACAGGGGAUGGUAUCGCUUUCAGAUUUUCGGCAAGUAUGCGGAGAUGCCCACAGAAUGUGUCCAAGUGAGCCAGUGUGGUACCGACGCACCCAUGUGGUUAGACAUGGGAGGCAGAAACUAUCCAUCACCAGGAGAGAGCGCCAAACACGUAGCAUGUGCUGCAUGGAGUCUGGGAACCCAACUGUCCUUGCAGGACUGCUGUCUGUACUCGUUCCCGAUCACCGUUACUAACUGCGUGGACUUCUUCGUGUAUAACUUAUUGCCGGCACGAGGAUGCAAUAUGGCAUACUGUGCCACGGAGGGAAGGAAGAGGUGUGCCCCAGGCCAAAUUUCACCAGACGGGUUCGCCCCAUGUAGAGAGAGCUUCCCGGCUAUUUUGGGCCUUCCAACCAUUACUCCCAUAAUCCUGGAGGACGUGCUACUCAAAUGCACCUACCAGGGGCUGAACUCGGGCCAGACCUCACUCAAAGGCUACACUGUGUCUUGGUAUAAGGCAGACAGCAUGGACUCAUUCCAGAGAGUUAUGUCAGAGGAUACAUUUGCCAACUUUGCCUUCAUUAACCCAAGGAAUUAUUUCCAUAUGGGUGAUAAGAUUAUUUGUUCUGUACAAGCUUUCUUCAAUGAAACAAGAGAACUAAAAAGCCCAGCCGUUGAGAGUGAACCAUUUGAAGCUUCAAUCAAGGUUUCUCCAACCAGUUUGGAGAUAUUGGAAGAUGGCCAGCCACACUUCUUAAUAUUUGAGAGCACCAUGCCCAUCAUGUGCGCAAACAAGGAUGCACCCUGCUCCAUCAGAGUUGCACUGACAAUCAUCAACAAUGAAUUUCAGUUUGGGUCGGAUGUGGUCCUAUCCGAGUGUUUCAUUGACUUUCGUUCGCGUGUUUGCCUCGAACCAAGAUGCAGAAGAGCUUCAGUGCUUGUGACUGCAGUAACAGAUUUCACACAUGAUGGAACGCGGACAAGUCUCAUUGUAACAGGAGCUAUCACCAGCACUGACAUCUUCUGGGACGGGUUUGACCCAGCAGAUGUACAGGUUACAGUACAGGAUGUUCGCACUGCACAGUGCUAUGCUUUCACUGAACCGCAUUUCAUCACAUUCGAUAGAAAGAAAUAUGACUUUUACAAGACAGGGACAUAUGUUUUGGUCAAAAGUCGCAUCAGGGAAUUUGAGGUUCAUAACAGAAUCUGGAACUGUGGUGGCUUGAUAGACCAGGUGUCAUGUAGCUGUGGCUUUGUUGCUAGAGAGGAUAAUGAUGUAAUCUCUGUUGACAUGUGCAAUGGUAAUGUGUUUGAGACAACAGCUGAAGUCAAGAUUAGAAGCCCCUUACCACUGUCUGAUGGGGUCAAGGUCAAGGAGGCAAGGAAUGGAACUAAAAUAACAAUUGAGUUUCCAUCUGGGGGCUUUGUUCGUGCUGAUAUUGCAAAUUGGGGGAUGAGCAUUACCGUACAGGCUCCUUCUGUUGACUUCAAUCAAACACUUGGCUUGUGUGGAAUGUUUGAUGGCAACCCUGACAAUGACUUCCAUGAUGCUCAAGGAGAACCUAUGAACAUUAUCAUGAAGAACAAACAGGCUAAUGAAUUUGUUGAACAGUGGAGGUUGCGUGAUGGAGGGAUGUUCAAUUCAGGUCUUACAACUGUUCCAUUCCGUCUUCAAUUUCCAUCUUGCUCUUGUUCACUCUCGAUGCUUGGAGUUCCAAACAGCCUCUUUCCCUCUGAAGACCUGGAUUGCAUAGAUGGCAUUAGCUGCAUGGCAAGAUGCACCGGAAAUGAGGGUGUAUCACGAAUGGAAAUUGUCAAGUCUCUAGACAUGACCUCCAUGUAUAACAACGUUGUCACCUUUCCUUGGGAGCAGAGAGUCAAGCGAGCAGACUACGAAGAAUUCCCUGAAACCGCCACCACAGAUAUGCAUCAGGAUGCUAAAAAGGAGCAUAAGAUGACAAAGCGGUUUACUGAUUUCCUGGACCUUGGCAAUGGCCCACAGUUUGGGGACUAUGGACCAGAAUCCCCUUUCUUCUUUACUGAUGAUGGUAACUUUGGCUCACCUCUGGUCGAUACCUACUUCUUUUACCCAGACCAUGCCCCCACUGACCUCCAACCAGUCAUGACUGAGUGGCCCACUGCCACUGGUAUCACAGAACAACAAGCACUUGAUAUUUGUGAGAGAACUAUACGUAACUCCUCCCUAGGUUUAGCCUGUGGCAUGGAUGCACUGAAGACAGACAUGUUCAUCCAAGAUGCAAUAGAAGUCUGCCUUGGGGAUAUACAAAUGACAGACAAUAUAUUCUGGAGUGACCAUGCCAUCCCGCUGCUUGAGAACCAGUGUGAAGCAGCUGUGGUUCGAGACAGAACACUAUGGAAAGUGAAUGUUCUAGAACUACAAAUGGAUAUGGUUCCACCAGAAAAUAUAGUGAGGGCCCUGAACUGCCCCAAGAAUUGUAGCGGAAAUGGGGUGUGCUCCAAGCUGGGUUGUGUGUGCACUGCAGGGUAUUCCUCGCAUGAUUGUAGCCAAUCUGAUGCUGAUGUCCCAGAGUUACUUCGACUGGAGAACAAUGGCGUGUGUGACUGGCGGUCACAAAGCUGUCGCCGUGUUCGAGUAACUGCCAGAGAAUUCCAGGAAGGACGAGCAAUGGAAUGUCACUUAACAAGACUAGAGAGUUCCAGUGCUGAAACAGCCAUUUUUCAGAGCCAGGCUAGCUACAUCAACAAGCGGUCUGCAUUGUGCCAUCUACCCUCACUGUCAGAAGGGGCCACUGCAGACAAGUCCUUGACGAGGUGGAAAAUAAAGAUGUCCUAUGUGGGCUCACAGAUGAGUUCUGGAUUGGUUUUCACCGUGUAUGACUCCCACUGCCAACAGUGCGACUGGACUAGUUCAUGUGUAUUGAAGGAAGAUGCCUGUCUGAUUGAUUCCAUGUGCUACCAGCAAGGUCAAGUCAACCCAGAGGACCAGUGUCUGCAGUGCAUUCCUGAACAAAGUGUGGACAAGUGGUCACCAAAUACUGAAAAUCUACCACCAGUUCCAGAAGACAGUCCCCUCUUGACGUUCUUUGUGGAUGAUACUGUGAAAUAUCAAAUCCUAGCCACAGACCCUGAAGGAUCAGCAAUCAUGUACACUGUUGCAGCACAGGAUAAUACCAGUGAUGUCAUCAUAUCUCCUGAUGGAACCUUGACAUGGCCAGCAGCAAGACAAGGGGACCAUUCCUUCGCUGUCAUUCUUACUGAUGAAUGUGGUGCCUCAGCAUUGUCAAUAUUACAGGUGCGAGUGGUACUGUGUGGUUGUCGUAAUGGUGGCCAGUGUGUGUUACCAACUGCCAGCAACUCAGAUACUGAUGCAACCAACCAGGCUGAACUGCCUCGGUAUAUCUGUAGCUGCCCUCCUGAAUACUCUGGCACACUGUGUGAGGUCAGCACACACGGAUGCAUGUCCAAUCCAUGUAUUCAUGGUCACUGUGUGGAGGAAAAUGCUGUCUUUUCCUGCCAGUGUGAUGAGGGGUAUAUGGGUUCAACCUGCUUGACCCCAAUGGAUCCCUGUGCUGCUGAGCCCUGUUACCAUGGAGUAGUGUGUCUACCAGGCUAUAAUCAAUCCUACACCUGUGGUCAAUGUCCAAGUGGGUACACUGGUGAUGGUGUUCAUUGUGAAGCAAUACCUGAAACCCAUUGUCAGUGGGGUUGCCCAAGGCGUAUGAUAUGUGACCCAUCUAGAGGAUGUGUCUGCAAGGAGGGUUAUGCCGGAUACCGGUGUCAUCAGGCUGUGUGUAAUCCCUCGUGUCGCAAUAAUGGCUACUGUGUCCGUCCCAAUGAGUGUGUGUGCUUGAUGGGUUACUCAGGACCAACUUGCGAAACAGCACAGUGCGAACCAGAGUGCCAAAAUGGAGGCCGUUGUGUCCUGCCCAAUGUGUGCACAUGCAAGUACGGCUACUUUGGGCCACGCUGUCAGAUUUUGACAUGCACUGUGAACUGUGCCAAUGGAGGAUACUGCAUCACCCCAAAUACCUGCAAAUGUCCACAAGGAUACACAGGACCCACAUGUGAAAUUGCUGUAUGCAAGCCUGCCUGUAGGAAUGGUGCCACCUGCGUCCGACCUGACAACUGUGUGUGCCUACGAGGCUUCCAAGGUUCACAGUGCCAAACAGCUAUUUGUAAUCCUUCUUGUCGCAAUGGGGGCACAUGCGUACGGCCCAACAUGUGUGCGUGUCCUACUGGUUACACAGGAGCCAACUGCGCUAUUGCAAAUUGUGAACCACGAUGUCUAAAUGGUGGCCGGUGCUUCAAACCAAACAAAUGUUCUUGUCCAUCUGGUUACAGGGGAAGAAAGUGCCAUAAAGCUAUCUGUGUGUCAGGGUGUCGUAAUGGUGGUGAAUGUAUCAAGCCCAAUGUGUGCAUGUGCAAGACAGGCUACAGAGGGUCCAACUGCCAAACACCCAUUUGUAGAAGACCAUGCAUGUAUGGUGGUCGGUGUAUAGGAGCAGAUUUAUGCCAGUGUAGGCCAGGCCACACUGGGACUUACUGCCAGGAGACAACAUCCCAUUCAAGAUAUGGAUGAGGGAUUGCUAUGGUGCCAGCAUCUUGAAUUGAAAUUCUAUCUGAUCCGAGCAAUUUUUUAGCAGCCCGCCAAAGUGUAAUAAAACACUUUUGAGUGUUAUUAUAUCAUUAAGUAUGUAAAUAUUCCAUAUCACUGUACAGUUUAGUGUUAUGUGUGCUAUAUGUAUAUCUGAUCAGCAAGGUAAACUUGUAGCUUUAAAAACACAUGUAAAUGUUACAGUCUACUAAUAGUCUUCUUGAACAAUAUCAGCAAAAAGAUCACUUAAUAGUCAUGCUGAGUAAUCUGUAUACACUUUUACAGGUUUAAGAAAAUUACAUGUACAUCAAGUGUGUUACAUGUUACGGUGAAGUCAUUAUUAACCAAAGUAUGAGCUGAAAUUAAUGCAUGACAAUUUCAGUUCCAACUAUUAUGUAAAAAACAAAACAAACAAAAACAUUGCUUCCUAUGCCAGACAAGGACUCUAUUUCACAAUACUGUUUUUGUGUUUGUACAGUGUAGUGAUUAUAAAAUGCUCACUCAAAAUCUCUUCUUACCUCAAAGGAAGGUUUUGUCUUGGACAUUCAAUCUUUAAAAUUACUAAAUUUCUCUUGUAGGUGAUAGUGUAUUAUCUGGUGUCCAUAUUCUCUCAUAAUCUUUGUACAUAUUGUGUAAACAUUGAAAUAUUUUGGUUGUAUUAUUCAGCAAAUAUAUUAUGUUAACGCUACUUUGUUUAAUAUUUUACUACUAAUAUAAUUAUGGGGAGUAUUUGCAAAAUGUUAGAUAUUUCUGUGUUCAAGCUGUAAGGCAAUCAUGUGCAUUUUAAAGUUGUUUGUGUGUGCGUACUGAAACCUGGAUGUUAGAAGGGAAGCUGACAAAGAGGAUCAAAUUUUGCCUGAUUUAAAUAUCCAGAGAACCUUGCUAAUUCUGUGAAUGCUAUGUGGUUAGACAUUAAAAGAAAAUGACUAAAGACUGAUAAUUCGGUUUAUCGUAAUAAUUUUGACAUCCAAAAAGUAACUCUAUUACAAAUGUAUCUUGUAAAAGCACAAAAGUCAGACAUUUCCAUAGUAAUUCAACUCUCAACUUGAAAGUCUGUUCAAAGUAAGUUUUGAAAAGUUCAGUUUUGUAAACAUACAUAUAAACAUGGGACGUUCACAACAUUAACAGCAGACACAAAACAUCAACAGCGGCUUUUCACAUGUACAUGUAACAUGUACACGUACUUUGAAUGACACAAACUGAGCUUUGGUACAACUGAACAAGUACUACAAGGAUAUACAGUUAACUUGCGAGUAUUAGUGUGAAUAGCAUACUCAUAGCAUUGUCACUCUAUGGCCAAUUACACUAAGUUGGUGCAUUGAAAUUUGAAAUGGUAUUAAAUGUGUAAUUAAAUUACAAUUAGUAUACACAACUUUAUACUGAAGUAGUCCAAUUGGUCAGUAUAUAUAUAUAGAUUAUAUUUAGUCAAUAGAUUAUGUUAAGAUUACUGCUCUUUCUUGAGGUGCUAACACAUUAAUAUAUAUUUUUUUUAUUCUUCUAUUUUAUCUGUUUGUGUAAUGUUAUUUUAACAAAAAUAAGUGUCUUUCAAUAUGUGUAUUUCACAGUUUUGCUUUUAUGAAAAUAAAACAUCAUUGAAAUCUGUUUCAUAAUGUGACAGUUGAA